UCAACUGUCUACAAUAUUGCCACACUUCACCACACACUACCUUUUAUUUUCUAUACACCAAACAUUUUAGCCUCAAUAUCACACACAACCAUCUUACUCCCUAGCUAAACACCCCAUCAUGGCCACCGCCGCCCCCGCCACCGCCUCAUACAUCUUCGGAACCCGCAUUACCGGCCCGAACCCGGGUUCAGGCAAGUUCACGGCGUUGUUUGGGUUCGGAAAGAAGGCGGCAAAGAAAGUAGCCCCAAAGAAGAAAAUAAUAGAUGAGGAUAGGCCCGUUUGGUACCCGGGUGCCAAAGCACCCGAGUGGCUAGACGGGACAAUGGUUGGAGACCGUGGGUUCGACCCGUUUGGGCUUGCUAAGCCCGCCGAGUAUUUGCAAUUUGACUAUGAUGGGCUGGAUCAGAAUCUUGCUAAGAAUUUAGCUGGUGAUAUUAUUGGGACUAGGACUGAAACUGCUGAUAUACAGCCCACACCAUUUCAGCCUUAUACAGAGGUGUUUGGGAUUCAAAGGUUUAGGGAGUGUGAAGUGAUCCAUGGUAGGUGGGCCAUGUUGGCUACACUUGGUGCUCUUUCUGUUGAGGCUUUUACUGGUGUUUCAUGGCAAGAUGCUGGAAAGGUAGAAUUGAUUGAAGGAGCAUCCUACCUAGGCCAAAAGCUACCAUUCUCCCUAACCACAUUGAUCUGGAUAGAAGUACUCCUAAUAGGCUACAUUGAGUUCCAAAGAAAUGCAGAACUUGACCCGGAAAUGCGCCUCUACCCGGGUGGGCAAUACUUCGACCCGCUUGGCUUAGCUGCGGACCCUGAGAAGAAAGAAAGACUUCAGUUAGCAGAGAUCAAGCAUUCUCGCCUCGCCAUGGUUGCUUUCCUUGGGUUUGCAAUUCAAGCUGCUGCUACUGGAAAGGGCCCACUUAGCAAUGUUGCUGCAUUUUUGAGUGACCCUUCUAACAACAUCCUCAAAACUUUCUCUUAAAAAGAAUUUUACAGAGUUGUUGCCUCUUUUUUUUGUGGUUUUUCACCAACAUAAAUGAUGAUGAUGAUGUUGUUGUUAGUUAUGAAUUUCAGUUGUAAUGCUUUGUAUGUAUAUUUGUUGUUAUACUUUGAGAAAUAACAGUGUAUUGUGUUAUUAUUGAUCGUUUGA